AUGCAGAUCCACCUAAACACUAACUUUAUGGACUUGACAAAAGUCUUCAACACGGUGAAUCGUGAACAACUGCGGAAAAUCAUGCAGAAAUUCGGCUGUCCUGAGCGACUAACGCAUAUGAUGCGUCAGCUCCAUGGCGGGUUGAUAGUUCGCGUCACUGACAAGGAGGUCGCCUCAGACGUAUUUGCAAUAACUAACGAAGUGAAGCAGUGCCGCGUACUUAAUCCCGCGCUCUCCCACCUCAUGUUAUUUGCCGUUCUUAUAUACGCCUACUGUGGUGCGAGCCCCCAGAUCCACAUCGCCUACAAAACCGACGGCAAUCUUCUCAACAGUCUACGCAUAAAGGUCUCAGCGCGUCUCUUUACGACUACUAUCCACGACAUGCUUUUCGCUGACGACUGUGCAAUCAACACUGAGACAGAAGCUGACGUGCAGCGGAGCAUGGAACUCCGCCUCCGGGUGCACUUAAUUCGGGUUGACUUUCAACACGGACAGAACAGUUGUCACGCAUCAGUCGUGGCCCUACGCUAUUCGCAUCUGCAUCAACGGCACCAGGUGAAGACGGUAGAUAACUUUGCCUACUUUGGCAACGAACUCUCGCGCAUUAAAAUCGACAACGACGUGGUUCGCCGAACCUCCAAAGCCAGCUAG